CGGAGCCGCCCCGAACUGCGCAGGGCGGUCAGGGGUGAUCACACCCAUGGGUUUGUGUGGUAAAUGAACUUCUUGGCAUAGAAGGGAAUUAAAAAAUGAUGGCUUCAUUCCAGCGCUCCAAUAGCCAUGACAAAGUAAGGAGAAUAGUUGCAGAGGAGGGUCGUACAGCAAGAAACCUAAUAGCUUGGAGUGUUCCACUAGAAAGCAAAGAUGAUGAUGGAAAAUCUAAAUGUCAAACUGGUGGAAAAUCAAAGAGGACAAUUCAAGGCACUCAUAAAACGACAAAACAGAACACUACAGUAGACUGUAAGAUAACAUCAUCUACAACUGGAGAUAAACACUUUGAUAAAAGUCCCACUAAAACAAGGCACCCUCGGAAAAUUGAUCUAAGAGCGCGAUACUGGGCAUUUCUUUUUGACAAUCUACGCCGGGCAGUAGAUGAAAUCUAUGUAACUUGUGAAUCAGAUCAGAGUGUGGUGGAAUGUAAGGAGGUGCUAAUGAUGCUGGAUAACUAUGUAAGAGAUUUCAAAGCGUUGAUUGACUGGAUUCAACUUCAGGAAAAGCUAGAGAAGACAGAUGCUCAAAGCAGACCAACUUCAUUGGCAUGGGAAGUAAAGAAGAUGUCCCCAGGACGUCAUGUGAUUCCAAGUCCGUCAACAGAUAGAAUAAGUGUAACGUCAAAUGCUCGAAGAAGCUUAAAUUUUGGGGGUUCACCUGGCACAGUGGCUGCUCCGCGACUGGCUCCCUCAGGUGUCAGUUGGGCUGACAAGGUAAAGGCUCAUCAUACAGGCUCUACUGCUUCUUCGGAUGUAGCACCUGCCCAGUCUUGCCCACCAAUGACAGUGCAGAAGCCUUCCCGCAAAAAUGAACGGAAAGAUGCUGAAGGAUGGGAAACUGUUCAGAGAGGAAGGCCUGUUCGUUCACGAUCAACAGCAGUGAUGCCAAAAGUUUCAUUACCAACAGAAGCAUUAAGGUCAAAGGAUGACAGUGAUAAAGAAAAUGUACGUCUUUUACCUGACAAAAGUAUUCAGAAAGGUGAAUUUGUUGGAGGUGGACCUUCUAAUACUAUAGAAUCUCGGCUCAAAGACUCAUUACACUCAUGUGAUCAUCCUCUUGCAGAGAGAACCCAGUUCACAGUGAGUACACUGGAUGAUGUCAAGAACUCUGGCUGUAGUUUCUUACAAGACAAUUCUGUGCAAACUUCUGAAAUACCUGCCGUUCACAUUGAUACAGAGUGUGUUUCAGUUACUCAGAAAGCUGACACACCUUUGCAAGCAAGUGAAGACAAAUUUUCAGAAGAGAAAGCGAGAAUAGAAAGUGAAAUGGAUCCUUCAGAUAUUUCAAAUGUGAGUGCUGCUAACUUGUCUAUGGCAGAAGUUCUUGCUAAAAAGGAAGAGCUAGCAGAUCGCCUAGAAAAGGCCAAUGAAGAAGCCAUUGCUAGUGCUAUUGCUGAAGAGGAACAGUUAACUAGAGAAAUUGAAGCUGAAGAAAACAAUGAUAUCAAUAUUGAAACUGACAACGACAGUGAUUUUUCUGCCAGCAUGGGCAGUGGAAGUGUAUCUUUCUGUGGUAUGUCUAUGGAUUGGAACGAUGUCCUUGCAGAUUAUGAAGCUCGUGAAUCUUGGCGCCAAAAUACAUCCUGGGGGGAUAUUGUAGAGGAGGAACCUGCUAGACCUCCAGGACAUGGAAUUCACAUGCAUGAAAAACUUUCCUCACCAUCUCGUAAAAGAACAAUUGCAGAAUCUAAGAAGAAACAUGAAGAGAAACAAAUGAAAGCACAGCAGCUAAGGGAAAAGUUACGUGAAGAGAAAACAUUAAAGCUUCAGAAAUUGUUAGAAAGGGAGAAAGAUGUCCGGAAGUGGAAAGAAGAGUUACUAGACCAACGACGUAGGAUGAUGGAAGAGAAAUUACUUCAUGCUGAAUUUAAACGAGAGGUGCAGUUACAAGCAAUUGUUAAAAAAGCACAAGAGGAAGAAGCUAAGGUAAACGAAAUUGCCUUUAUAAAUACCCUCGAAGCCCAGAACAAACGCCAUGAUGUUUUAUCAAAAUUGAAGGAAUAUGAGCAGAGGCUUAAUGAGUUACAGGAAGAGCGUCAGCGAAGACAGGAAGAAAAGCAAGCACGUGAUGAAGCUGUUCAGGAACGUAAGAGAGCUCUAGAAGCAGAACGGCAGGCCCGUGUAGAAGAAUUGUUAAUGAAGAGGAAAGAACAAGAAGCCCGAAUUGAGCAACAGAGGCAAGAAAAGGAAAAAGCCCGUGAAGAUGCUGCCCGGGAAAGAGCUAGAGACAGGGAAGAACGAUUGGCAGCACUCACAGCUGCUCAACAAGAAGCUAUGGAAGAGCUACAGAAAAAAAUUCAGCUCAAGCAUGAUGAAAGCAUUAGAAGGCACAUGGAACAGAUUGAACAAAGAAAAGAAAAAGCUGCUGAGUUAAGCAGUGGACGACAUGCAAAUACUGAUUAUGCCCCCAAAUUGACCCCUUAUGAAAGAAAGAAGCAGUGUUCUCUCUGCAAUGUCCCGAUCUCUUCAGAGGUGUAUCUUUUUAGCCACAUUAAAGGAAAAAAACAUCAGCAAGCUGUGAGAGAAAAUAGCAGCAUCCAAGGGCGUGAACUUUCAGAUGAGGAAGUGGAGCACCUUUCCUUAAAGAAGUAUAUUAUUGACAUUGUGGUUGAAAGUGCAGCUCCACCAGAGCCUUUGAAAGAAGGAGAAGAGCGGCAAAAAACCAAAAAAAAAGCCAAAAAGAUAAAAGCCCGGAUGAACUUCAGGGCCAAGGAAUAUGAGAGUUUAUUGGAAACAAAAAAUUCUGGCUCAGACUCACCCUAUAAAGCAAAGCUUCAGCGAUUAGCCAAAGACCUUCUAAAACAACUACAAGUACAAGACAGUGGUUCAUGGGCAAACAAUAAGGUUUCUGCUUUAGAUCGUACCCUUGGUGAAGUUGCUAGAAUAUUGGAAAAAGAGAAUGUGGCAGAUCAGAUUGCGUUUCACGUUGCUGGUGGAUUAACAGCCCUUGAACACAUUCUUCAAGUAGUGGUCCCAGUCACAAAUGUGAACACAGUUUCACGAAUUCCUCCUAAGUCUCUCUGCAAUGCAGUCAAUGUUUACAACCUCACCUGCAAUAACUGUUCAGAAAACUGCACUGAUGUUCUGUUUAGUAACAAGAUUACCUUCUUAAUGGACCUCCUCAUACACCAGUUGACGGUUUAUGUUCCAGAUGAAAAUAAUGCUAUUUUGGGAAGAAAUACAAAUAAGCAAGUUUUCGAAGGCUUGACAACUGGACUUCUCAAAGUCAGUGCUGUGGUUUUUGGCUGCCUGAUUGCCAAUCGACCAGAUGGAAACAGCCAGCCAAUUACACCAAAAAUAUCAACACAGGAAAUGAAAAGCAAACCCUCACAAGGUGAUGCUUUUAACAGUCGAGUUCAGGACCUCAUCAGCUACGUGGUGAACAUUGGUCUGAUCGACAAGCUUUGUGGCUGCUUCCUCUCGGUGCAAGGCCCAGUGGAUGAGAAUCCCAAAACAGCCACAUUUUUGCAGCAUGCCGCAGGGCUCUUACACGGAAUGUGCACGCUGUGCUUUGCUGUCACUGGAAGGUCACACAGCAUAUUUGACAGUAAUCGCCAGGAUCCCACAGGACUGACAGCUGCUCUUCAGGCCACAGACCUGGCUGGAGUUCUGCAUAUGCUCUACUGUGUCCUCUUCCAUGGCACAGUCUCGGACCCCGGCACUUCUAGUCCCAAGGAGAGUUACGCUCAGAACACUGUCCAAGUGGCCAUUCAGAGUUUACGUUUCUUCAACAGCUUUGCAGCUCUUGAUCUGCCUGCUUUUCAGUCUAUUGUAGGGGCAGAGGGCUUGUCCCUUGCAUUCCGGCACAUCGCCAGCUCCCUACUGGGCCACUGCAGCCACGUCUCCUGUGAAAGCCUCCUUCAUGAGGUCAUCGUCUGUGUGGGCUACUUCACUGUCAACCACCCAGAUAACCAGGUCAUUGUGCAGUCCGGCCGCCACCCCACGGUGCUGCAGAAGCUUUGCCAGUUGCCCUUCCAGUAUUUCAGUGACCCACGGCUGAUCAAAGUGCUGUUCCCUUCACUUAUCGCUGCUUGUUACAACAAUCUUCAGAACAAGAUCAUUCUGGAGCAGGAGAUGAGCUGUGUUCUACUGGCCACGUUCAUUCAGGAUUUUGCACAGACUCCAGGUCAGGCAGAUACCCAGUCUUAUCAGCCCAAAGGAAAAGGCCUUGGAAGUUCCCAAGACUAUCUUGAGCUGGCUAACAGAUUUCCUCAGCAGGCCUGGGAAGAAGCUCGACAGUUUUUCUUAAAAAAAGAGAAAAAAUAAAUGUUUUGGUUGGUUGUAUAUUUGAGUACCCUCAUUAAUAUUUUAAAUUGAUCAACCAUUCUAACUGUUCCUUAAGAAGUUCAUUUUCACAUGUUUAUACUCUGUAGAUAUGGUGUAUACUUUGCACUAUUUAUAAAGACUGUAGAUACUUUAAUGUUCUUUCUAAUUCUGCAAGUUGAGUUUAUUUCAUUUAUGCACAAUAUUUUGGAGUUUGGUAACUUACAUCCUAUGAUAAUAUAUACUUUGCAUUUGUAAUGUGGGUAAAAUUAGACAUAAAAUUAGCAAGUCUGUUUUGUUCUUGUAAUAAAAUAACUUAUUCUGUUUGCAAUGAUGACUUCUCUUGUUAAAGCAAUACAAAUUUCAAAGAAAAACGUUAAUUCCAGUUCCGGAAGUAUCUUAAUUAAAGACUUACUAAAAGUUAACCUGCUCUAAAUUUCCCUUUUAUAGGUUUGAGUAAAAGAUGUUUAUAACAGUUUUACAUUCUAAUUACAUAAUAUGUUUUGGGGGCUAUUUGAAAUGAAUUUAAAGCAUUAUAUUCGUUGGUCUGCUUAAACUUUCCUAGCGGCCAAUACUGAGUCUCCUAUAGAAAUAGGAUCACUGAACUGAAAUUCUCCAGAAUAAAAAUUAGGGAUCCAAAAAGAUCAACCAUAGUCAAUCACCCUAAAGUAUUUUUCUCAAAUAACUGCAAUGAAAACCGAAGUAAAAAUAAAACAGACGGUCACAAGGGCUCUGAAUUGAAGUUUUCAACUCCUGUGCACGGCUCACAGCUGAACGGGAGGAGUGUCUGCCAGGAGAUGUUGACCUUUUCAUAUCUUGUUCUCAUCGUUUCUUCACCUUAAGCCAACGGUCAGUGCUAAGCCGGUCACUGAGUGACAUUGGUAAUAAUUUCUGUCAGAUAAGGAUCAAACAUUACCAAGAAAAAAGAUCUGGUCGGGGGGGGUGAAAAUGGUUUUAAUACGUAUCAGAUUCAAGACUGAGGGCGGAGGGGACUGGAAAAUACAGAAGUUUCAUCGGAUUGUUGAAAGCAAACUUAGCUACCUAAUGUUCAGGACACUUCUUUUUGGAGCCUCACAAGGCUGCCGAGUUUUGUAUAUGCUGUUUUAACUCCUUUGCAAAUAGAAAAUAAAGAG